AUGGCGCAUUAUGCGAUUCAACAAGAUGUUUGCUAUACUGCCUUCUCUUCAAGAACGUAUACAAGACGGGACGAUCGUGGUGAGUCUCACAACCGUCUUUUUCGAGAUUACUUUGCCGAGGAACCGAAAUUUAAUGAGACUUUUUUUAGAAAACGGUUUCGUAUGAGUAGACGGUUGUUUGUGAAGAUAGUUUCAGAUUUGGAAAACAAUUUUAGUUUUUUUAAGAGGAAGAUCGACGCGCGUGGUAGAUGGGGGUUUUUGGCUUUACAGAGAUGCACAUCUGCAGUUCGCCAGUUAGGCUAUGAUAGUAAUCCCGAUAGUUUAGAUGAUUACCUAAAUAUGUCAGAAAGAUCGUCACGUGAAACCCUUAAUGCUUUUUGUGAUGGAGUCAUUAAGUUAUAUCGGCAUGAAUACUUGCGUAGGCCAACGCGUACUGAUACGCAACGCAUUCUUGAUCAUCAUGCGUCUUACCAUGGUUUCCCCGGCAUGUUAGGGAGUCUUGAUUGUAUAAACUGGGCUUGGGAUAAUUGUCUAGUAGCUUGGCGUGGUCAGUACACGCGAGGUGACCAUCACGGGCCGACGAUAUCGCUUGAAGCAGUUGCUUCACAGGAUUGUUGGAUUUGGCACACAUACUUUGGUGUUGCCGGUUCAAACAACGACAUUAAUGUGUUGAACCAAUCUCCUUUGUUCAACCCUUUUGAAGACGGCACAACACCGUUGGUUCCUUUCACUGUAAAUGGAACCGAAUAUCGGUACCCGUAUUAUCUAGUGAAUGGGAUCUACCCAUUAUAUGCGAUGUUUGUGAAAACGAUACAGCAUCCAACCGGUGAGAAAAGGAUUCGGUAUGCUAAGGCACAGGAGGCUGCAAGGAAGGACGUGGAGCGAGCUUUUGAUGAGGAUCACGCUAUAAGUCCUGAUUACAUUCCAGAUCCCCCUGUUGCGCCACAGCCAUCGGAUGAACGACUGUUUGAGAUACAGAACCCAAACGUGUAUGAUGAGAGUAGAAGUCAAAAGUUUGUACUCCAACUUUUGACAGUAGUAAUUUUUUGA